UUUUAACAUGUUUACUUAGAAGAACGAAAAACUAAUAUAAACAGCAAUAAUGGCCCUUAAAUGCGGUAAUAUAAAUGUUAUCGACUUAUUCGAAAGUAAAGAUUUAGUAAAAAUAUGUGCUCCUAUGGUGAGAUAUAGCAAAUUACAAUUUAGAAAUUUAGUAGGUUUAUAUGGCUGUGAUUUAGCAUUUACACCUAUGAUUUUAGCAGAUUCUUUCUGUAAAAGUGAGAAAGCGAGAAAUAAUGAGUUUACUACAAAUAAUGCUGAUUUACCUGUGAUAAUACAAUUUGCUGCAAAUACUGUGCAUGAUUUUGUUGGGGCAGCCUGUUUAGCAUCUCCGUUUUGUAAUGGAGUAGAUUUAAACUGUGGUUGUCCACAGACUUGGGCUAAAAAAAUGGGCCUAGGCUGCUCAAUGCUCAAUGAACCUGAAUUAAUUUUUAAUAUAGUAAGACAAUGUAGAAAUCAAAUUUCCAAACCAUUUACUGUGAGUGUUAAAAUGAGGAUCAACAAGAACAUCAGUAAAACUGUAGAUAUCUGUAAGCAGUUAGAAAUGGCAGGUGCAAGUUUUUUAACAGUUCAUGCCAGAACAGCCGAUCAAAAUACAGGAGAUAUAAAUUCAGAGGCUUUACGAUUGUUAACUAGUCAGGUUAAAAUACCCAUAGUAGCAAAUGGAGGUGUAAAAACAUUGGAAGAUUGUUAUAAGUUACAGGAAAAAACCAAUUGCAAAGGUGUCAUGGUAGCAAAUGGUAUAUUAAACAACCCAACAAUAUUUAUGGGUAAUUCCAUAACUUCAAUGGAAUGUAUUCAAAACUGGGUCAACAUUUGUUAUAACAGCACUUUUCAAAACAUUGAAAUGUUACAACAAAAUGUAAAACCUGUUUUUGAUGAAAAACCUUACAACCUAACUUUUCAAUGUUUUCAUCAUCAUUUAGUUUUCAUGCUUGACAAAAUAUUGUCCAGAAAACAAAAACAAGUUUUUAAUAACUUUCAACAUUUUCAAGAAGUUUUAGGUUUUCUUAAAACUAGUUUUGGUAUUGUUCCCAAACACUUUAACAAUGACAUGUAUGACCAUUUUAAAUUAAUAAAAACAGAUUAUAGUAAUAGAGAUCAGGUUUAUAAUAAACUAAAACCUAAUGAUAUCAAUAAAAUUAAAGAUAUUUUAUAUGAUUGUGAGAGCAAUAAAGGAAAAUAUUUUAACAGCAAAAUACAGGAAAAUGAAAAUCAAUUUUGUGAUUUGUCAGGAAUGUUUUUGGAAAAUGGUUAAAAAUGUUGUACCUAAUACACUUAAUAAAAAU